UAAAAACUCAAAAGCAGAACUCUUUUCGGCAGCGCAGAACAUCUUAACAUAAAACACACUGUCAAAAUAUUUGGCAAUAUGAACAUUCCUGGGACACAGGAUAUAGACACAGAAGAUGGUGAGGAGAUGAGUAUCUAUGUCAAUGUAGAAGAAAUAAACAAUUAUGAUGUCUGUAGAGGAACAGAGGACACCGUCACCAAGACAAAACCAACAUCUCAACACACAGGAAGUGAACGUGUGAUGAGAAGUUACCGAUCAGUUACAGUGUGUUUGGCGCUGCUGUGUGUUCUUCUACUGACUGCAGUCAUAGUGCUGUGUGUCCUCAUCAAUACAAACAAUCAACAGUUUAACAUCAAGACCAAAAACAUCACAGAAGAGAGAGACCAGCUACUAUUAAAGUACAAAAAUUUGACAAAAGAAAAUGAAAGAUUUAUCCAGCAGAUAAAGGCAAUAAUGAAGACAGAUGGAUGGAUUAACUAUCAAUCCAGUUUGUACUUCAUUUCAUCUGAGAAGAAGAGCUGGACUGAGAGCAGAAGAUACUGUAGAGAGAGAGGAGCAGAUCUGAUCAUCAUUAACAACAAAGAGGAACAAGAUUUUAUUAAGAAGAUAUCUGGUACAGCGAGAUACUGGAUUGGUUUGACUGACAUUGAAGUGGAAGGCAGAUGGAAAUGGGUUGAUGGCAUGAAACUGACCACUGGAUUCUGGGUGACACCACAGCCCAAUGGCAAAAGGAAUGAGAAUUGUGUUGUGUCGACUUCAUCAGGAUGGUUUGAUUAUCAAUGUUCUAAUUCAAUGAAAUGGAUCUGUAAGAAGAACAAAAAAAGAGACCAGCUACUAACCAACAAUACCAACCUUAAAAAAGAAAGAGACCAGCUACUAACCAACAAUACCAACCUUAAAAAAGAAAGAGACUGGCUACUAACCAACACUACCAACCUUAAAAAAGAAAGAGAGUGGCUACUAACCAACAAUACCAACCUAAUUAAACAAAAUGCAAAGUUAAGUCAUGAGAACAUAGAUCUGUGGAAAUGUUUUAAUGAAAAAGAUGGCUGGAAAUAUAACCGGUUCAGCUACUACUACAUUUCAUCUGAGCCUAAAAACUGGAAUGAGAGCAGGAGAUACUGUAGAGAGAGAGGAGCAGAUCUGAUCAUCAUUAACAACAAAGAGGAACAAGAUUUUGUUAAGAAGAUAUCUAUUACAGCGAGAUUCUGGAUUGGUUUGACUGACAUUGAAGUUGAGGGCAGAUGGAAAUGGGUUGAUGGAAGCACACUGACCACUGGGUUUUGGGUGACACCACAGCCUGAUGGCAAAAGAAAUGAGAACUGCGUUUUGUCAACUUCAUCAGGAUGGUUUGAUUAUCAAUGUUCUGAUUCAAUGAAAUGGAUCUGUGAGAAGAACAAAAUAUAAACAACUAUAAUAUGCAAUACAUGUUUAUUCAGGACAUUUUAAACAUCCUAAAGAGGUUUUAAAUAGGAAGGGUUUCAACAUCUAGCUUUUUUAAUUUACAAAUAAAAGUAAAGUUACCGUUGUUAAUUUGGGUUUUUGCUCUUUGCUGAUCCAGGCAGUUUUUGCUGUUGUUGUUAUAAAAGACGUCUUUCAUUUUGUGGCUCCUGUGCAGGUUGUCAAUUCAGGAGAAAAGUUUGCCAUUCUCCCUGUUUACAGACAGAAGGUGAGCACACGUGAACGCGCCAAUGACGUAUGGUGUCUGCGUGAACAAGCUGCACGGUGGGCAUUCAAAUUACGCUUACGGGACAAAAAAGGCAACGUCCGUUCGGAACUAGAUCUAUUAUUGGUGGAAAUUUUUUUAGGUCCUACGCCUUUCACAGAAGACAAAUCUCUACAAAAACAUUUAAACAACUUAACAUAGUGAUUGCUAUCAGGAUGUGAGGAGACUUUUAACCAGCAUAACUAAAAAUGUUUCAGGAUCAAAUCUGGUACCCUACCUUUAAUGGCUAAUAUCACAUAACACUGUAUUCAGCACAUACUGUGCUACAAUUAUAUGUAAGUAACAUAUGUGUACUUGUUUGUAUUUUUAAGUAAAUGAUGUUUAUGCAUGGUUAGUAAAAAAUAUAUAUUUUAAAAGUUGCUGAAAUAAGGCCAAUGAACACAAUCUUAACAUUUGUUCACAAACAAAAAAAGUACUGGAUCGUGUAGAGUUGAGAAUUUGCUACAAAAAUGUGUAAAAAUCAUUUUACCCACUCAUUCACAUGAAACAAUAUAUUGAUUUAACUUUUGUAAGAAACUUUUUGUUGUGUAAAGGCAAUAUGCAAGAGAAUGUCACAGUGUACAUUUUAGGACAUUCUCAGACCUCAGCGUCAGUGCUCAGGCAUCAGAUGAAACGGCAUUGUGCCUCAGCCUGAAAGGUAUCAGUUCUCAGAAACAAAAAGGUCAGGACUAAUGUCUUGCACAUCAAACAUUGACAUCUUAACGGGAUCAGACGAAACGCCAUCAGGUCUCGCACAACAAGGCAUAUGACAAAACAGCCUCAGAUAGAAAAGCAUCAGAUGAUUUUACACGUGACCCCGCUCCUUCGCAUGACAUCAUUAUCUCAAACUUACGGAAGAUCAAUAAAGACUUAUGAGGGCAUUUUUGUUUCUUUAACCUGUGUAUUUAAUUGUAGCCCUGACACAAAUUGUUGUUGUUUCUUUUCUCACUCAUAUACCUCUGUAUAAUAUGAUGUAAGCUGUAUAUGUUUGUACAAAUUCUGUAUACUAUAGCCUAAUAAAACAACCUUUAUGAA